AUGCUUCAGUGUGCCAGCUGUGAAAAACCUAUUCUCGAUAGGUUCUUGCUCAAAGUUUUGGACAGACCGUGGCACAUCAAAUGCGUCCAGUGCUGCGACUGCAAAUGUAGUUUGACAGAGAAGUGUUUUUCUCGAGAAGGGAAACUGUAUUGCAAGAAUGAUUUCUUUAGGAAAUUUGGAACCAAGUGCGCUGGAUGCGCGCAGGGGAUUUUACCCAGUGAUCUAGUCCGCAGAGCCAAGAGCAAAGUGUUUCACCUGAACUGUUUCACUUGUGUGAUGUGUAACAAACAGCUGUCCACCGGAGAGGAACUGUACAUCCUGGACGAAUUCAAGUUCGUUUGCAAAGAGGACUAUGAAAACAACUCCGGGAAAGACACAAUCCUCCUUUCAGUAACGACGUGCAGCGACCCAAGUCUGUCUCCGGACUCUCAGGACCCGCAGGACGAUGGGAAGGACUCAGAAAACGGGCAUUUAUCGGAUAAAGACACGUGCAGCAACGAGAACGACGAGCAGAGCGCCGUCGGAAAACGACGCGGGCCUCGGACCACUAUAAAAGCCAAGCAGCUGGAGACCCUGAAAGCGGCUUUUGCGGCCACACCGAAGCCCACCAGGCACAUCAGAGAGCAGCUGUCACGGGAGACGGGUCUCAACAUGAGAGUCAUCCAGGUUUGGUUCCAAAAUCGGAGGUCUAAAGAGAGACGUAUGAAACAGCUGAGCGCUCUAAGCGCUCGGAGACACGUGUUUUUCCGCAACCCGAGGAGAAUGAGAGGCCUGGGAGAGAGAGUGGAACCAGGAGAGCUUGGACACUUUUCUUAUUAUGGAGAAUAUCCUGGUGAAUACUAUGGCUCAGGAGGGAAUUAUGAGUACUUUCAAGGCCCACCAUUAUCGCAAGCACAGACUCCAGCAGACCUAGGCUUUGUGCCCUCCACAGUCCCAGCUGGCACCCCACUAGGAGCCAUGGACCACCAUCAUCCUGGGCACCACUGUCCCGGAGAGGUUCAGUGUUUCUCUGAUACAUUAUCUCAUCAUCCCGUGGACUCACCCAGUCCGGAGCCCAAUGGACCAAGUUCAAUUCACAGCAUCUCCAGUGAAAUGUGUGGCCCCAGCACGCCCUUCACCACUGUUUCUCUCAGUGACAACGGAUACACCAACCAGCUGUCUCAGCCCUCUUCAGAAAUGAGUGAAGGCACUGUUUGGUAAUCAGGCUAAGACCGAAAUACUACACAUGCAGUUUGAAGGCAAACCCUUAACUUUAUUUCAUAUAUCAGCUAUUUAUUUAUAAUUAUUUAUGAAUAUUUAUUUAUUUAUUGUAUUUCAUUAUGCUUUUUUAUUUUUAUGUUGGUUAUUUAUUGACGGGCCACGUAUUAGAUAGUUUGGAAUAAUCUGUGUGAAUUGGC